CAUCGGGAAGGAAACUCGCAUUGAAUCAAGACUCACUGCACAACGAUGUUACCGUCAACAGAUGAAGCGGCCUCACAAUGGCUGGAGCAACUGGCGGCCAUGCGAGCUGCAAUUGCCGCCCUCAAUCUGCCGCAGAUGAACCGCGAAGAGGGAGGCUACAAGCCACCGACAGACUUCGACCUUGACGAUGACGACCUAUCGACAUCCUCUCCCCUUGAUGAUAUAUGGGACCUCAUUAGCGACGAUAACGAUGAAGACCAAUACAGCGAAGAGAGUGUGGAGCCGCAAGCGCCGCUCGUCAACGGUUUCGGUCCGACAACGACCAGCAUCGGAACGCCCGACUGGCUGAAGCAGAAAUGUAUCGAGGCGUCCAGCAACGGAAGCGGUCUUGACGCAGACGGAUUGCGGGAUCACAUUGCGGCUGUGCUGGCUUCAGAUAGUAGCGACGAGGAGCUGCAGAUGACUCUUGCGGAUAUUCUUGGCUUUCACGAGCUCGAUCUGGUGUCGGACAUCAUUCGCCACCGCAAACAGCUUCUAGCGCAAUCAGGCGAACCUCCUUCAGGUCUUCUGUCGAGGGCUGAGAGAGAUGCGCGGCUUCGCCAGGCAGACCUUGAGCAUAAAACCGCCACACUUGCCGCUGCUCAAAACCGCGCUGGUGAGCAGUAUCCUCACGUUUACCGUUCUCAUGAUGCAGGCAAUACACUCUCCUCACAAGGCAAACGCUAUCUGCUACCGAUGGGGAGUGAGAGAAUAGAACGCGAGAAGUAUGAAGAGUACAGUAUUCCCGCUGCCAAAGUCGGCACGCUCGGUAAGCAUCAGAAGCUCGUUCAGAUUGACGAGUUGGACGGCUUGUGUAAACGCACGUUCAAAGGCUACAAGGCGCUCAACCGCAUGCAAAGCCUGGUUUACCCUGUAGCAUAUCAGACGAGUGAGAAUAUGCUUAUCUGCGCUCCUACCGGUGCGGGUAAGACGGACGCAGCUAUGCUUACUAUUCUAAACACUGUGGCGAAGAAUAUACACCCCAGUCCAGUGGAGCACCCUGAUGCCACUGAAUUUGCCGUGCACACAGAUGACUUCAAGAUCGUCUACGUCGCGCCGAUGAAAGCGCUCGCUGCUGAGAUUACCGAGAAGCUAGGCAGGAGGCUUGCUUGGCUUGGCAUCCAAGUGCGAGAGUUGACCGGCGACAUGCAGCUCACGAAGGCGGAGAUUGUCCAAACGCAGAUCAUUGUUACCACGCCGGAGAAGUGGGAUGUUGUGACCCGGAAGAGCACCGGCGAUACUGAGUUAGUGCAAAAGGUGCGCUUGCUGAUCAUUGACGAAGUCCACAUGCUGCACGAUGAGCGGGGUGCCGUGCUUGAGUCGUUGGUGGCGAGGACUGAGCGACAGGUGGAGAGCACACAAUCGCUCAUCCGCAUUGUCGGGUUAAGCGCCACUUUGCCAAACUAUAUCGACGUGGCGGACUUCUUAAAGGUGAAUCGCAUGGCCGGCCUUUUCUACUUCGACCAGUCAUUCCGUCCCGUGCCGCUAGAGCAGCACUUCAUUGGCGUGAAGGGCAAGCCUGGCUCGAAGCCCAGCAGGGAGAAUCUCGACAAUACCGCCUUCGAGAAGGUCAAGGAGCAGGUGGAGCAAGGUCAUCAAGUUAUGGUAUUCGUGCAUAGCCGAAAAGACACUGUCAAAACAGCAAGGCUACUACUUGAUAAGGCGCAAGAGGAAGGCUUGCAAGAUCUUUUCGACCCAAGUGGGCAUGAAGGAUAUGCCAAUGCCGUGAGGGAUGUGAAGCAAUCGAAGGGUCGCGAGAUCCGUGAGCUGGUUGCCAAGGGUCUGGGCACGCAUCACGCCGGCAUGCCACGUUCCGACCGCAACCUCAUCGAACGUCUUUUCGCGGAGGGCGUACUGCAAGUCCUAUGCUGUACAGCUACACUGGCGUGGGGUGUAAACCUUCCUGCGGCGGCGGUCGUCAUCAAGGGCACGCAGUUGUACAGCGCCGAAGCCGGCAAAUUCGUCGACCUCGGUAUCCUGGACGUGCUGCAGAUCUUUGGUCGAGCUGGCCGGCCUCAGUUCCAAGAUACUGGCAUAGGCAUCAUAUUGACCACCCAAGACAAGCUGCAGCACUAUCUGGCCGCUGUUACGCAACAACAGCCGAUCGAGUCGCAAUUCAGCCGGAAGAUGGUCGACAAUCUUAACGCCGAAAUUGCGCUCGGUACGGUCACAAGCGUGCCUGAAGCCAUCACUUGGCUAGGCUACAGCUACCUCUUCGUCCGCAUGCGGCGCAAUCCGAUCGCAUACGGUAUCGACUGGGCCGAGAUUCAGAACGAUCCGAACCUGGUCCAGCGGCGGCGUGAACUUAUCGUCAAGGCCGCACGAGUGCUGCAGCAGAGUCAGAUGAUCAUCUUCAACGAGACCACCGAGGAAUUGCGCGCCAAGGACGUUGGGCGCAUUGCAAGUCAAUUCUACGUUUUGCAAACCAGCAUCGAGAUCUUCAAUACCAUGAUGCAGCCACGUGCCACCGAAGCGGACAUCCUCAAAAUGAUCUCCAUGUCUGGCGAAUUCGACAACAUCCAGUCCCGCGAGACGGAGCAAAAGGAACUCGUGCGCCUCAAAGACGAAGCAGCGCCUUGUGACAUCGAUGGCGGAAUCGGUUCGCAGCAGGGCAAGACAAACGUACUAUUGCAGUCUUACAUUUCGCAAGCACAUCUCGAAGACUUCACGCUUGUUAGUGACACGGCGUACGUCGCUCAGAAUGCUGCGAGGAUCUGUAGGGCACUGUUCAUGAUUGCGCUGAAUCGACGGUGGGGCUAUCAGUGUUUGGUGCUUUUGAGUAUGUGCAAAAGCAUUGAGAAGAGGGUGUGGCCAUACGAGCAUCCGUUCCGGCAGUUCGACCUACCUCAAGCGGUCCUACGACAGCUGGAUGAGAAGGGUUCUACUGGGUCGAUCGACUCUUUGCGCGACAUGGAGGCCGCGGAGAUCGGAAGUCUUGUGCACAAUCAGAAGAUGGGGGUAACGAUUGCAAAGCUACUGGACAACUUUCCAACCUUGACCGUGGAAGCGGAGAUCGCGCCACUAAACCGCGACGUUCUCCGCGUUAAGCUGUUCAUCACGCCAGAUUUCCGCUGGAACGACCGCCAUCACGGCAAGAGUGAAAGCUACUGGGUGUGGGUCGAGAACUCUGAGACUAGCGAAAUCUAUCAUCAUGAGUACUUCAUUCUCAGCCGCAGAAAGCUGUACGAUGACCACGAGCUCAACUUCACCAUACCGCUGUCGGAUCCGCUACCAAGCCAGAUCUACGUACGGGCAGUCAGUGAUCGGUGGCUAGGCGCCGAAACGGUGACGGCAGUGUCAUUCCAGCAUCUCAUUCGACCGGAUACCGAGAGCGUGUACACUGACCUGCUAAACCUGCAACCUUUGCCCAUCAAAGCAUUAAAGAACCCAAUGUUGGAGGAGAUUUAUGGUCAGCGUUUCCAAUUCUUCAAUCCAAUGCAGACGCAGCUUUUCCACUGCAUGUACCACACAUCAGCAAAUGUACUGCUUGGCUCGCCCACGGGCUCCGGCAAGACCAUUGCGGCAGAGCUGGCGAUGUGGUGGGCUUUCCGAGAGCAGCCCGGCAGCAAAGUGGUCUACAUCGCACCCAUGAAGGCGCUAGUGCGCGAGCGAGUGCAAGACUGGAACAAGAGGCUGACAAGGCAGAUGGGCCUGAAGCUGGUCGAGCUGACUGGUGACAAUACGCCUGACACUCGUACCAUCAGAGACGCCGACAUCAUCGUCACCACGCCAGAGAAGUGGGACGGUAUCAGUCGCAGCUGGCAGACGCGAAGCUACGUCCAGCAAGUCAGCCUCGUCAUCAUCGACGAAAUACAUCUACUCGGAGGUGACCGUGGACCCAUUCUUGAGAUCAUCGUAAGCCGUAUGAACUACAUCGCCUCGCAGAAGAAAGGCUCGGUCCGGCUGGUGGGCAUGUCGACCGCUUGCGCCAAUGCCAUGGACCUGGCGAACUGGCUCGGCGUCAAAGAGGGACUGUUUAACUUCCGACACUCCGUACGUCCAGUACCGCUGGAGAUCUACAUCGACGGCUUUCCACAGCAGCGUGGAUUCUGCCCGCUCAUGCAGAGUAUGAAUCGGCCAACCUUCCUUGCCAUCAAAUCUCAUUCUCCGGACAAGCCGGUCAUUGUGUUUGUGGCGAGUAGAAGGCAGACAAGGCUGACCGCGCGGGAUCUCAUUAACUUUUGCGGCAUGGAGGAUAACCCACGACGCUUUGUGCGGAUGUCGGAAGACGACCUUGCGCUGAACCUGGAUCGGGUCAAAGACGAAGCGUUGCGCGAGGCGCUGAGCUUUGGCAUCGGCUUGCAUCAUGCAGGUCUGGUCGAGUCCGACAGACAGCUGGCUGAAGAGUUGUUUGCCAACAAUAAGAUCCAAAUCCUUGUCGCUACUAGUACGCUUGCCUGGGGUGUCAACUUGCCGGCGCAUCUGGUCGUGGUCAAGGGCACUCAAUUCUUCGACGCGAAGAUUGAAGGUUACAAGGACAUGGAUCUGACGGAUGUGCUGCAAAUGCUUGGUCGUGCUGGCAGACCGCAGUUUGAUACAUCCGGUAUUGCGCGCAUCUUCACGCAGGAGUCGAAGAAGGCCUUCUACAAACACUUCCUGCAUACAGGAUUUCCGGUCGAGUCGUCUCUGCACAACGUUUUGGACAACCAUUUAGGUGCAGAAGUGUCGGCGGAGACCAUUGCAACCAAGCAGGAUGCGCUGGAUUACUUAACCUGGACUUUCUUUUUCCGAAGGCUGCACAAGAAUCCUUCCUUUUACGGGCUGGAGAUCUCACCGGAAGAGAACAAUAGCGUGACCGCUCAGCAAGCUGCCAAUGACUACAUGAUCGAGAUGGUCGACAAGUCCUUAUCCGAGCUGGCAGAGUCUCAGUGUCUCCUUAUCCACAGCAACGGUGACGUCGAUCCCACGCCAUUAGGCAAGAUCAUGAGUUAUUACUACCUUGCUCAUAAGACCAUCCGGAUGCUUACCAAGUUCGCCAAGCCAGCCGCCUCCUUCUCAGACGUCCUUGCCUGGAUGUGCAGAGCAACCGAAUACGAUGAGCUCCCUGUCCGCCACAACGAAGAUCUCAUCAACGCGGAGCUGUCGAACAAUCUUCCGCUCAAAGCGGAGAGCUUUGGAUUACCGAUGUGGGAUCCGCAUGUCAAAGCAUUCCUGCUGCUACAGGCGCAUUUCUCGCGCAUCGAUCUGCCCAUUAGCGACUAUGUUGGUGAUCAAAAUUCUGUGCUUGAUCAGGCGAUCCGUAUCAUCCAAGCUAGCAUCGAUGUGCUGACGGAGAUGGGGUAUUUGCAAAGCUGCCGCCAAAUGAUGACGCUUUUGCAGUGCGUCAAGUCUGCGCGCUGGCCAGAGGACGGUCCACUUGCCAUCUUCGCUGGUGUCGAGAGUGAGAAAGAGAAGAAGCGGAUCGAAGAUGCGAGCGCUGUGCCGAAGACGCUUGUCGAGGCGACGACGAUGCCGAGAGAUGCCAUGGCGAGGACGCUGGAGCAACUUGGGUUACCGCGCGCUUCUCAUGCGCGGGUGUUUAAGGCUCUCAGCCAGCUGCCUCAACUUCGAGUCAGUGUCUCCGAGGUUAAUGCGCUAGGACUGACCGUCAACCUUAGCCGAGUCAAUGCUGUACAAGACCCGGCGUAUCGUGUAUACGCCCCGCGAUACCCAAAGCCGCAGACGGAGGGUUACUUCAUCAUCGUCUCGGAUAUGGCGAAGGGGGAUGUUCUGGCUUUGAAACGGGUUAGCUGGCCGUCUCCGGAAAAGAGCAGAGGCGGGAACGUCAGCAAACCUUCAACUAGGAGUCUCAUCAAAUUGCCGGAUAGCGACAUUGAGCGGAGGGUGAAGGCAUUGGUGGUGAGUGAUAGCUAUAUCGGUAUGGAGUGGGGGAUUGAGGAGGUGGAGGUGCCAGCGCCGCCAAGGGUGGUGGAUGAUGGUGCGAAGAAAAAGCCGCAGUAGAGAGCAAUGGACCAAGCUCAGGUCAAGGGGCAAGUCGUGCCCUUGCACUUCAACGAGCCUAUCGUGUCCGUACCCAUUUCAGUGUCACACG